AUGGCGCGCCGGCCCCUCGCCGCGAAGGGCGUCGCUCUCCCCCCUCCGUCCCCUCCCCCGCUCGGGCGUGCCCCCACCUCCGCCCCCUCCAGCCCUGUCCCCUCUCCCCCCCUCCCUUCGGCGUCCCUUCGGCGCAGCCUCUGCCUCCCCGAGAGCGCGCACCGGCCGGGCACCGGCCGCGCUCUCGACUAG